AUGUCCUCAGCUGACAGCUUCGUUGAAUUUCACCCGCUCGACACCAGUUUCAUGUACAACACCUCAGAAGACCCAACAAAGUCCGCGCACAAAGCUCUGACCAGCCCAAGGCCAAAGGCAACAGAAAGAGCAAAGAGCAGAGAGAUAGUGACAGAGAACCUCCGGUGUGCGCCAACAGCAAGUCGCGAUAAAAACAAGCAGAGAGAUCUUUCCAACCGUGACAAAGAAUCCGAAUCUCAGGAGAGCAAGUCUGAAGAACAACGCGCAAUAUCUAGAAGAACGCAUACAUCUGCUCACAAUAACGUAAACAGUACUGGCGAAGCGCAAGCAUUCAAGAAUGACACAAGGGAAACCGGAGACACAAGUCUACAGAGUAAAAUGCAGAAAGAUCCCCAGAACUGCGAAAGUGAAGACAAACCUCAGAAGACCAGAAAGAGCAGGUGUGAUAAAAACCCCGCGCCAAAACGAGCGAGCAGCAAACGGCAGAGUAAGCAGCGAGAUCCUUCCAGUCCAGGCACAUAUUACGAAUCUCCGGAGGGCUCCAAAAGCAAAUCUAAAGAAACAUACGUAGCUGAAACCCCAAGAACGCACAAAACUGUUCCUAAUAAUGCACAUAGUACUAGCGAGGCGCAAAUUUCCCAGAAUGACAGACAGGUCGCCGCUCCAGCGGUUUGCGCGGGCAAAUUUGAAGGCAAAGAGAAAAUCGCGCAAAAUCCCGGCGCGCGUGACACUGACGUUGGACAAACGCGUGCAGACGAAAAAUCUACAAUGAGGAUGCGAAGCGUUGAAGACACAGAAAAAGUUCUCCGUGCAACUAUUGACAAAUUAAAGAUCAAAACAUGCGAGCGGUCUAAAGCGUCCAGCUGUGUUAAUGAUAUCACUGAUGCAGUCAUUGCACAUCUGAAACGAACUAUGUCUUGGUGUGAAUAUAUUGAGAUCUUAAGAACAGGAAGUUAUUAUGAAAACCUUAAAAUCUGUGAACCUGAUGAAUUUGAUGUGAUGCUGACUAUUCCGGUGGAGAGGGUGGAUCUUCAGAACGUCAAUGAUAAUGGAGCAUUUUACAGUGUUGCACUGAAACGAAAUCCGAAAAAACAUCCACUGAGCAAAUUUCUAAAUAAAGACAAGACAAUACAGGCCAGUGAAAUGCUGAGUGAAUUCAGAGAUGCUGUUAAGGAUGCUGUGGAGACACUUUCAUACAAAAUUGUGGUAGAGCGCAAGAAGGCAAGAUGUCCUGCAGUGACAUUGCAGGUAACAGAAAAUGGAAAGACAAUUUCCAUCGACUUCGUUCUUGGGCUUAAGGUCCACUGUUCAAGCUGGCCACCUUUUACAAAAAAUGGUUUCAAGGUAGAAAACUGGCUUGGUACAAAAGAGAAAGUUGAUCUGAAACGUCAACCAUUCUACCUGGUGCCUAAAUAUGAGGGAAAAGGAAAUGCAGAGCAUGAUGGAGUUAUGGCAAAGGAUUCCUGGCGAAUCUCUUUUUCACAUGUUGAGAAAGACAUCCUGAAAAGGCAUGGCCACUCCAAGACAUGCUGUGAGGCCAGAGGACAGAAAUGUUGCAGGAAGGAGUGUCUAAAGCUUCUGAAGUAUCUUCUUAGACAACUCAAAGAUAUGCACCAAAAAGAGAUGUCCAACUUCUGCUCCUACCAUGCAAAGACAAUCCUGCUACAUGCUUGUGCUAAAAGGGUAGAGGACAGUGAGUGGGCUUCUAAUCAGCUGGUUGACUGCUUCCAUCAGCUUUUGGAAGACUUUAUCAAACACCUUAGAAAACAAGAACUCCCUAAUUUUUUCAUCCCAUCCCAUAACCUCAUCAAUCCUGCCUUUCUGAAUAAGAGCAGCUGUGAUUUUCUGGCACAGCAAAUUGAAAUUCAAUCCAACAACAACUUUCCAAUAUUCUGUUGAGUUCACAUUUUCUAAUUAUAUUGAAGUAUGUUCUGUCCCCCUCUUUCAUCUUCAUUGUCAAUUUGAGAAAUUGUACUAUGAAAGACUGUAUGAUAGACGUUGUACAUUUGAGGUUUUUUAAGAAUGGUUUCCUGUCAAAUACUCUUCUGAUUCUUUUACUCUAAUAUCACAUUUAAUUUGUUAAUCUAUUUUAAUUUACUUGUUUACUUGCAUCUAAUAUAGAUAUUUUACACUUCUAUUGAUUUUGUUCUACUAAAUGCUUUAUUGCAGUUGUAAUGAGCUAAAUUCUUUGCAAAGGUUAAUGAUUAAGCAUCAUUAAUUUCUCAUGGUUUGGUGUAUUAUCAUUAGGCUGGCUGAGGAGUUGCUGCUAUGGUAAAUUGUAAAUUCUUGGUUUCAUGCAUGCUAUAAUAUGGUGUUCGCAGUUUGUGUUUUGGAACAUCUCUGACAGCACUAGAUUUCCGCCUGGGAGUUCUCAUAUUAAAGAAAUGUUUGGAUCACCACAGUUUGUUUAGGAAAUGUGACUUAGAGAAUUAUUAUUAUUUAUU